AUGGGGGAAGAGCAGAUCGAUCAUAUGGAGAAAAAAUUGUCGGAGGCUGAGUGCGAAGGGCGGCGGCGGAACCCUGGCGGCGCAAGGCCGUGGAAAUUGAAGAGCUCGGCCGGCAUGUGGUGGAAGAAGCGGGGUGUUUGGUGGGUUUUUGGCCAGGUGAAGGGUUCAACACCUUUAAAAGCUGCCUUUGGUCUGUGGUUUGGUCUUUUGGGCAAUGGCCCAAAGGGCUGUUUUAUGCUUGAGGCCGAUUACUUUGGGUUCAGCCACUUUUUGAUAGCCCAACUUAGCCUAUCCCAUAAACAACGAUUUAAGACUAAUUUGGGCCUAGUGCAAGCCGAAUAA